AUGGACGAUGCGUUGUGGUUAACGUCAAUGGGGAAGCAGUCAACAGGAAAGAGCUACUUCUUGAACCACCUCGCAGGAACUUCGUUUGCGAUCUCCGGUUCACGCUGUACUGACGGAGCGUGGCUGUCUUUACGAUUCGUAUCUGAUGUGCUACUGGUAGUUCUGGAUUUCGAGGGACUGGGGUCGUUCGAACGAUCGGAGCAAGAAGAUAUCUUCUUAUCAGUGCUGAAUGCAUCGGUGUCGUUAUUCACAGUCUUUCGAAUGGAGAGCCGAUUUGAUAAGGAUAUUGACGGUUUGUUCUCUCGUUUCCAGAAAGGUGUCCAGCUUAUCAAGAAUGAUCCGCGUCUCUUUCGUGGGCUUUUGUUUAUGAGUGUCAUAGAUGUGAAUAUGAACGAUCGACUGGGUGUUGUUAAUGAUCUUGCGGCAAAGUUAAACGCAAUUUUUGAAUCAAGCCGCGAGCAGAACUUCCUGACUGAAAUGUACGCUGGACAGGUCACGAUAAACUGUACCCCACCUUUUGGAACAGUGGAGUAUUACCAGUCGAUGGAGAAUGACGCAGCGAAGGCGCUGCUUAGCAUUGUACGGGAGGCAGCAACAGGGUUUUCGACGGGUAAAGCUUUCCUGGAUUGCCUCCGGAUUGUACUGGCAAAAAUCUCGAUGCUGGACUGGACGAGCAUGGAUAAAAGCACGCAAUACUUGGUGAUUUCGGACGUAAAGCAAAAGCUUCCUGGGAUUCUUCGAACAGGAUGCCACGUACCGCAAACUCUGGUUGCUGAUGCGACAAUCUCGUCUGGUCUGAAAGAAUCCGUGCUGCAAGUUGGUACUCGUGACAAACUUGUGGUCUCACUGACUGCAACUUGUCAGGCCUAUCCCGGAUUUGCGACCAAGUGUAUGGCGCUCAAUAAUGUUAUUCUGCUGGAUACUAUUGCCGACGAUGCCAUUGAUUUCGGCUUUGAUGUAACUGCGCUGGAAACCAGGAGCACGAAGCAAAUUCACACAACUCUGGUGGCCCUUUUCAAACUUUCUUGGCGCAAGUGGAAUUUGGCAGAUCCAGACUAA